UUUCCAUCCAGCACUCCAUCCUUAUUACUCUCCAUCCGGUAGUGUAGUCGUGAUUGUUGGUCAGGAUGUGAGGUCAGCAGAUAGGAGAUAUUCUGGGCAAAAGGACGACAGAAAGGUCUCUUGGAAAUUCAUUUUCUUGCCCUCUUUGGGAAUACUUUUCAGUCAAAGAUCAAGGAUAGAACUUGUUUUUAAAGAAGACAGGCGUUUACCAGGACGACCCAAGGCUUCCUUCAACUCCUUUUUCCCCGCUGCAUCCUGUGGAUCCAUGAAAGAAAGCAUGGAGGAGGAAAGAGGAUGAUGGGAGGAGUUUUAAUAGGAUUAAGAGGUGUGGGAAUAUGGCUGGACUCUAUCGUGGCUCAUGGUCUGCAGAAGUGACCUUUGACACCAGAGACAAGAGCUUUCUAGACUCUCCUGCCUGCCGCUCUAACCAGCUAAGCUGACAUCAAAUCAUCAAUCGAACACUUUUUAUUUCUUUAAGUUCACCUUCCUUUUCUACAUUUCUCAAAGGGAAUGAUUUCAAAGAUCUAACGACAUGCCAUACGUGCAACAACUGCUUGGCUGAUGCAGAUUGCAGCAGCUGCAGGGAUGACCUGCUGGAGCCGGGGAAACGCAGAGAAUGCCAGUAAAUCGGACAGAAGUGGGCCGCACAGGGGGAAGCUGAUGAUGCUGUUGUGGAUUAUCCUCUCCAGCUCGCUGUGCCUGAUGGUUGACGGCCAGAUGAAGAUCUCACCAGAAACGGUGCAGCAGUGGGCUGUGUCUUUUGGAAAGGAGUUAUCGGCCCUGUCCUCCAGAUACUCUGGAGCUAAGCUGCUACAGAAGAAAUACAAGGAUGUGGAGGGAGUGGUUAAAAUCGAGGAGGUGAACGGAGAGGAGCUGGUAAAGAAGUUUGCCGAAGAGAUGGAGGAGAUGCUCGGCAGGAAGAUGAAAUCUGUGAAGAGGUUAGCAGAAUCAGCAGAGGAUGCCGACCUUUACCAUGAAUACAAUGAAACCCUAGAGUUUGAUUACUAUAACUCUUUGCUGAUCAACUCGGUGGAUGAGGACGGGAAUCCCGUGCCUCUGGGAGGAGAAUUCGCUCUGGAGGCAAACGAGCACUUCAAUAAACUUCGGGUCAACACGGAGCAGAGUAACAUUCAAGUCCCGACGAAUGUCUACAACAGAGAUCCAGAUAUUCUGAACGGAGCCUACAUGUCUGAGGCGCUAAAUGAUGUUUUCGUUGACAACUUCCAGAAAGAUCCAACACUCACCUGGCAGUACUUUGGCAGUGCUACAGGCUUCUUCCGGCUCUACCCUGGGAUCCAGUGGAUUCCAGAUGAAAAUGGUGUUGUCACCUUUGAUUGCAGAAACAGAAACUGGUAUAUCCAGGCAGCCACUUCUCCUAAAGAUGUCGUUAUCGUGGUCGAUGUCAGCGGCAGUAUGAAGGGGCUCAGAUUGACCAUAGCCAAACACACAAUCAACACAAUCCUGGACACACUGGGAGAAAAUGACUUUGUUAACAUCAUAGCUUACAGUGACUAUGUUCGCUACGUGGAGCCCUGCUUCAAGGGCACCCUGGUACAAGCAGAUUUGGAUAACCGUGAGCAUUUCAAACUUUUGGUUGAAGAGCUUCAUGUGAAAGGAGAGGGCAAAGUGAAAAAUGCAAUGAAGGAAUCUUUCAGGAUCCUUAAUGAGGCUGCAGCACUGGGUCAGGGCAGCCUGUGUAACCAGGCCAUCAUGCUGAUCACAGAUGGGGCCAUGGAGGAUUUCAAGGAUGUGUUUGAAAAUUUCAACUGGCCAGAACGACGGGUUCGAGUGUUCACCUAUCUGAUUGGACGAGAGAUGACAUUUGCUGAAAAUGUGAAAUGGAUUGCCUGCAACAACAAGGGUUACUACACACAUGUCUCCACACUGGCCGACGUCCAAGAAAAUGUUAUGGAGUACCUCCAUGUUCUCAGCCGGCCAAUGGUCAUCAACCAUGAUCAUGACAUCAUCUGGACCGAGGCCUAUAUGGACAGUGUGUUACCAUGCACAGAAGAGCUGUUCACCACUCAGGCUCAAAGCCUGCUCCUGAUGACCUCUGUGGCCAUGCCUGUGUUCAGCAAGAAGCAAGAGACUUUGUCUCAUGGGAUUUUGCUGGGAGUUGUAGGGACUGAUGUGGCCUUGAAAGAGCUGAUGAGAUUAGCUCCAAGAUACAAGCUGGGUGUCCAUGGUUACGCCUUCCUCCUCACCAACAACGGCUACAUCCUGUCUCACCCUGAACUAAGACCUUUGUAUAAGGAGGGGAAGAAGCUCAAACCCAAACCCAACUACAACAGCGUUGAUCUGUCAGAGGUGGAAUGGGAAGACACUGAGGAGACGCUGAGGACAGCCAUGGUUAAAGGAGAAACUGGAGCAAUGUCUUUAGAUGUGAGAAUUACUGUGGAUAAAGGAAGGAGAGUGCUAUUCCUGAAGAAUGAUUACUUCUACACGGUCAUCAACGAGACACCAUUUAGUCUGGGUAUUGUCCUAACUCGGGGAUACGGACAAUAUAUCUUCAUCGGGAAUGUCUCUGUUGAGGAGGGUCUACAUGACUUACUGACCCCAGACCUGACCCUCGCCAGCGAAUGGACCUACUGCGAGACAGACAUUGACCCAGACCAUCGUAAGCUGAGCCAGCUGCAGGCUGUGGUGAAAUACCUCACGGGCAAAGAACCAGAUCUAGAUUGUGAUGCGCUGCUUUUGCAACAAACUCUUUUUGAUGCUGUGGUCACGGCUCCUAUGGAAGCCUACUGGACGGCCCUCAUGCUCAACACAUCUGGUAUGGACGAGGGGAUUGAAACAGUGUUCUUGGGGACCCGUUCAGGCCUGAUGAGAUUCCAGAGAUACACUGGCAUUGAGAAGAGAACUGGCAAGUCUUUCUUGACCUCCACAGACAAGGAGAACAUGUUCACGCUGGACCAUUUCCCGGUGUGGUACCGCAGAGCAGCCGAGUACCCAGCUGGAAAGUUUCUAUACUACACACCCAGACUGGACACGAGAGCAGGGAGGAUUGCCAUUGCUACGACAGCGGUGACGGUUACGGUUGGGAAGAAGACGGCGAUCGCUGGAGCCAUCGGUGUUCAGAUGACCUUAGCUUUGAUGGAGUCCAGAUUCUGGGCCAUCGCGGCACAGCCAAACGACACAGAUUGCUCUGAUGUAGAAUGGGCUUGCCCUUUGCGGUGUGACAGCUAUGAAAUCGAGUGCUACGUGAUUGACAAUAAUGGCUUUGUCCUCAUUUCGAAGCAGCGCAAUGAUGCUGGAAGGUUCUUCGGCGAGGUUGACGGAUCGGUGAUGACAACACUGAUCAGAAUGGGCAUGUUCAAAAGGGUGUCAUUGUUCGACUACCAGGCCAUGUGUAAGAUGACCUCACAUUCUGUCAGCAGCGCCCGUCCACUUCUCAGUCCUUUCUAUGGUUUGGCUUCAGCCCUCAAGUGGUUCCUCUCCAACUUUCUGCUGUUUCUCCUGGAGUUUAAUAUAUGUGGCUACUGGCACACGGAUCAUUUCGCUGAAGCAAAGCCAUCUUACGGCUUGUCCUCAACUCAUAAGAAAAGAGGGGACAGCCUGCAGCCGUGUGACACUGAGUACCCCAGCUUUGUCUACGAGCCAUCAGUCAAAGAGACCAACAGCAUUAUUAAGUGUGGACGCUGCCAAAAGAUGUUUGUGAUGCAUCAGAUACCAGAGACCAACCUGUUGAUGUUGGUGGUGCAGGCAGACUGUGACUGCUCCAGACAGUACCCACCCAUCACUAUGGAGCCCAGGGAGGUCAAAUAUAAUGCCUCUGUAAAGUGUGACAGGAUGAGGUCCCAGAAGAUUCGAAGGCGCCCCGAGUCAUGCCACGCCUAUCACGAACAGGAAAACGCCAAUGACUGUGGAGGAGCUUCUGCUAUAUCCCUCUCUGCCGCACUCUUCCUCACCUGUCUCUCCUUCUCCAAACUUGUCUCUUGAUAAAGGACUACGUUGCCGUUUCACCUUUUCUCAUUUAAAGGAGGACACCUGGAUGGAUCAAAGGAUGUGUUUGGACACUGGACACCUCAAGUGGAUUUUUUUGACUUAAACGUUCCUAAUUCUGCACAUGUUUGCUCAUGACAACCACAAACCAAGUCUCUAAUGGCAAACCUUUAUUGUGGUUAUUGAACUCCUUAAAAUUAAAAAAAACUGCAAAGACGGUAAGUCAAUGAGCUGUUGUUGCCAUGGAUACUUUUUCUCCUACACCACUUUGCAUCUUAAAACAAGAAGGGACUAAAGAGAUGCAGGUGGUAGCUGUGACGAGGAAGGGAAGGGCAUUGAAAGAAGGGAACCAUGAGUGACAAGAUGCAACGAGACAAGAGGAGGGAAAUUGCCUCUUGUUUUCCAAAUCCCACUGAACUGAACAUUGCAGACACACAUGCAUAUUAUAUAUGCAGCUGGCAGCAUGCACGCGAUGAACCCUGAAAGUUCCUUCUUCAGGCUAUUAUAUCAGCUUCUUUAACACUGAAUGAAAGAUGGGAGUGAAGGGCUUCAGAAAUGUAUGGAUUGGUGUCACAUCAGUGAUGCUACUAGAAUUGAUGUUUCGCCUGGUAUUUACAAAAGCUUCGCCACAAAUGUCAAAGGGCAGUGGCUCAUUGCCAAGAAAGUAUUCACAAAGAAGUAAGAUUAAAAAAAAAAAUCACAUGCACGUAAAAAUGUUAUACAGAGUAGAUCAUCAAAACAUCAGAAGAAGUUAAAUAAGGUUGUUUUGUUUUUUUUACUUCUGCUUUGAUUAAAUCCCAAAAUUGUUUGUUUCUGUGACAUAUCUUUU